GCUUUUCGCCAGGUCAUUCCCCAACCACGAAGAACCACGCGGUCAAUCGAGUGGUAAAGCGUGCGUCAACCCACCUAAUAUCUUCCAUAGCUCUUCAAGGAGCCCGGGAACGUGCCUGCAGGAGCAGAAACAUUAGGGAUCAAGCAGUUUCUAUGAUGUCUCUUCUUGUGCUGCCUCCAGAAGUGACCGAUAUUGUCAUUGGACAUCUGCACAAUGACAAGGCAUCUCUAGCAUCGUGCUCUCUCGUAUGCAAAGCCUUAACACCGACUUCCCAAUCCUACAUCUUCCGCUCCAUCGUUUUUUGUUACAAUCCCAUGUCAUCUUCAACAUCAAGCUCGAAGUUUUUUGAAUUGGUUCAAGCAUUCUUCCAUACGCAGGAUACUGCUACAAAGAGGCAUGAAAUCCGAGAGUUCACCAUCGUGGGGGAAGGAGGACUCGGACGCCAUGGCCCCAGUGUCGAUGAUGAUCGGAUCAUUCCCAUCUCCUUAGUUCACUCUGUAUUACAGGAGUUGCCCAAUCUACGCGUAUUCAGGCUCCUCCGAUUCAACCUACCGCCUCUGUCUCUCAUUCCUUCCUGCGAGAGACCACCCCGUCGACAGCUCUCUGAACUCGACUUUCGUAGUCAUGCGGUGUCGCUGUCUACACUCUCUGCCUUCCUAUGCUACUUUGAGGAAGUGAAUCAUCUCAAGGUGUCCUUGAUAGGCUGCACGGACGAUAUUGGCACCACAGCGUCAGGAUCCGUAAACGGCGACGUCCUUCCUCAGAUUUCACGACUUUCCAUUUCUGGAUGGAAAACAUACCGAUUACUCAGACAUUUGCUUACCCCAAAUUCAACCCUCACCUCCUUAAGGUUGAAUAUAUUCGAUACAGGACCUGCUACAGAAGAUAUUGGCGCAUUCAUCCGUGUAGCUGGAACGAAGUUGGAGUAUUUGCACAUAACCCUACCUACACUGUACAGUGACGUGUCGCUAGUGGAUAGAUACAACGUAUCAUCGUGUGUCAAGCUCGUUGAACUUUCCUUGGCCCUCGUGCUCGAUCUCGACUGCCUCCAACGCCCUCAGACUACCAAUUGGGAUUGUAUGAUAUCCCUUCUAUCUGCUAUCCCAACUCCUCUCAAUCUUCGCCAAUUUACAUUCACAUUGUCCUUCGUUGGAUCGGUCCGGGAUCAACGUAUUUCUUCACUUCAGGUUUACGAUUGGGGUCUUAUGGACCAAGCCCUUGCGAGAUUCCGAGAUUUGGAACGUGUCGCGUUCUUGGGUGCAGAGGAUGGACUUGUAGGUCUCCUUGGGGAUCUACGGGAUUUCAUCACCGAACACCUGCCGAUUCUCUCCGCUGCACUGGGGGAACGAUUGGUGCUUCUGUAGAAUGAUCGUAUUUCUCCAUUUGCUUGUGUACGCGUUGACGGACGGAUUUAACUUUGCAUCUAGCAUCACAGUCCUCGAUCUCUUCUAAAACACCAUCCUCGAGUGUGUUCCAGAGUUAGCAAAAGCAUUUCGGGUCGGGAUUGUGUUGUACCUCUCAUCCCCGAAAUCUUAUUAUAUCCCCUCCGUCAGCCCAAUCUCUCAUUUUCCCUCUACAGGGUAGGCUCGAGCAUGCGGUUGACCAGUGAACUACCAUAACUGGACAAUUCUUGGAAACAGAGAGCUGGAAGAGCGAAAUGCGACAAGAACAUGCUAGGUUCCAAACGCCGCUUCGUAUGCCAUGGUGUAACCGGCAUUCAGCUUCGUGAGAAACCCUAUAUAUUUGAUGUGCCUUGCGUGGUGAUUGAGCCUAAACAUUGCCCACGAAGGCAGGUUGUCUGAGGAACUGGUGAUAAAGGUUUCAUUAGAUGGAGAAGAAUCUCAGACAAAAUAUUCAUACAAAAGUGGUGAAGCCGUUCUUCCCACAUGUUGACCACAGGUCAAACGGCAGAGUCUUCGAAGCGUGCCAUAUUUUUGGUUGGCCCUUUCAUAGUAGGCACAGGACUUGCUUGAGCAGGGAAGCUUCUGUGCGACAUUUUAUUUGCCGUGUAACAUCUCGAGGAUUACAUAUUCGAGGAGCUCCUCUGGAGUUCCUGGCACAAUGAAACAGUGACAUAUGUAUAUAUAUCCG